CGACAGAGGGCGCUCAACCACGCAGCCGCACAAUAAUCUGCAGAUACCGGCUGCGGCCGGGCAGAGAGCAACCGAGCCAUAUUUGGACGCGCGCCGUCCUUCUGUCUAGGGCGAGAAGCUACGUCGCGUUGGCCGCCUUUUAACGUAUCUGGUGCGUCCUGCGUGCUAUCGUGCAUCCGACAUGACCAUUAUCCUGUACAGCUUUCCCGGGAGUCCGGCCUGUGACUUGGUCCGCUCGCUGGCAAAACACCUGAACGUCAAGCUGACAGUGAAGAACGUAGACUUCUACAAUCUGGAGAACCGUACUGAGGCAUUUCUCAAGCUUAAUCCCUUUCAUAUGGUGCCCACUCUCGUUGACAAUGGCUUCGUCGUUUAUGAAAGCCUCGCCAUCGUCUACUACCUGCUGCGAAAGUACGCUCGCAAAUCCGAGUUGUACCCCGAAUGCAUUAGGCGGCGCACCCUCGUCGAUCAGAUCCUCCACACCGUGGCUUGCAGCAUUCGGCCUCCCCAUAUUAUUUUCUUUGGCCCACGCUUUUGCGAGAACAGCAAACCAACUAAAGAGGAACAGGCUGACUUCGAUGAGAAGGUCCUGGGGGCAAUCCAGCGCCUCAUCGGCGAAGGUCCGUUCGUCACCGGUGACACGCUCACCGUAGCUGAUCUUAGCAUCCUCGCCAUCCUGGUUCUCUCACUUGACAUUGGCUACGUCGACAAAGCCAGGUUUCCUGGUCUCUUCGAGUACUACGGGCGCGUAAAAGGCGCGCUGCCUUACUUCGAUGACGUAUAUGGUCCUACUAUUAGGCUAUACCGUCGCAUUUGGGCUCAGCUGCAGUAAGCUACUGUUUACGUCUGUAGACACCAGCGAAUGUGGUGAAGUAAAGUCGUUCAUUGGUGCCCAACGGUC